GGUUCAACCAAGAUUUACAAACAACGAGCGCGAAAAGAGUGUGCUAAUGAUGGUAGUGAUUAUUUACAGGCUGAUCCAAAAAACCUUUCUUCUGUCACGCGUCAAAGUCUCAAUGCACAUGUACACGAAAGUUCUUUACUUCUUCAACUACCUGAACCUACUACAUGUUUCCGUGACGCCGAAUAUGUUCAGAGUCAAACAUUUUCGUUAGAAAAUGGUGCAUCUGUUGUCAUUUUAGACUGGUUCACGAGUGGCAGAAUGUCUCGGGGAGAAC